CAGUUCCUCUUCAACCCUCCUCCAACAAUUUCUCAUCCCUCUUCGAGCAAGUGGAAGAAUUUCGAAUUGCCCAUAUUCCUAAUCGAAGCAGGCACCAUGAAGCAAAAGGUUGUGAUUAAGGUGUCUAUGAAUGGCAAUGGCCACGCCUCGAGCUUUUUUUGUUUUGGCCCCCAGAGCCCUCACUCCAGAGCUUUGAGACUUGCGAGUGGCUUUCGAGGAGUUCAAUCCGUGGCGCUCGUGGGUGAUCGGGACCAGAUCGAGGUAACCGGGGAGGUCGACUCAGUUGACCUCACCAAUUCACUCAGGAAGAAAUUCGGGUCCGCUGAGAUAGUGACUGUGGGUGAGGUCAAGAAAGAAGACAAAAGCGAAGACAAGUCUGAAGAAACAGAGGAUGUGAAGCCCUUCGUAUGGCCAUACCCGCGCUAUGAAUACGUCUAUGUCCAACCCGGAUGCUGGUGGUAGCACCUGUAGGAUCGACAACAAUCGACGAUGACGACUCAUAUAAAUGUACAACAUCGAUGUGAUGAGUUUAUUCACACAAGAAGUUUUGAGAUGAACUCUGUGUUCGUGCUAUGGCCAGGACUACUUGUCUCUGAUUUUCACCAACGUAAUGAAAUUAGCAUGCGUUCGUAUU